CCAUCCGAUGGCGACCACAUGUGGCACGAGCCAGCCAUUUCAUGCCCUUGCCGCCUCAUCCAGUCAGUAGUCGCUUCUGCUUCUUCUUGGUCGUGAAAAUUCUGCCGUCGUGAAGGUCGUCCAUGCGUGUAGGCCAUGGAAGGAUGGUGAUGGAUAAAUAAGAUGGAACGACGUUUGAAGGCACACUGGGGGGGAAAAAAGGGCGUGCGCUGACUCGGGUGACGCCAGACAUCUUCGAGCUAUUGCCAUCCAUCACCUGCGUCGUGUCGUUUCAGCCCCCUUCAGAACGUGCUUCAACCACUCUCCCCUUUCCCCAGAUGAACCCAUGGGGACCGCACUCCGGCCACCCUUAGGCCAUCAAUGUUUCCAUCGCCGGCUUGUCGUUGUUCGCUACACCUCACCACCGAACCCUGCCUGAUACGACCUGGGCGGAAUCCCCUCUUGGCGCCCGCGUGCGACUGCCUCUCACCAUCUCGUUGUCAAUCCACGGUGCCCGCAUUUGCAUCACCUGUGCUGCCCAGUGCUUCUAUAAUUAUCUAGCAACUAUACUCUAUAACUGCCCUUUUCCUUCAUCUCCAGCAAUCCCAUCCAAAAAUCAAUGUUUCUUCCGCCUCCCUAGCAUCUUCUUGUUCUUUUCUCUUCUCUUUGACCUCUCAUCAUGCCCUUGACUGUGAAAUCCAUCAAUGGCGAUUCAUCCUUUUUGCUCACUUUUAGCCCUCCAAUCGCCCCCUUCUCGUCGUCAACAGCCUCGUUUCCGGGUUCAUUCACCAUACUCGUCGAUCCCUGGUUGGUCGGCCCUGCCACCAUCUUGAGCAGCAUCUUCUCCAUUUCGGAACAGACAGCAAAGCCAUGCAUAUCCUCCUUGCAAGACCUUGACCGCGAGCCGGACGUCAUUCUCAUCUCACAGGACAAGCCAGACCAUUGUCACGAGCAGACUCUGCGACAAUUGCCUCGACACUGCGGGUCCACAAUUCUGGCUAUUCCACCGGCUGCCCGAAAGAUCCGCUCCUGGAAACACUUUCGACCUGAUUUGGUUCAAUCGCUACCAAAGUAUGUCGAGGGUCAGAGCCAAUCCAUCCUUCGUCUUGUCCUUCCGCCUAUCUCACCCAAAGGAUCAUGCGGGGAGGUCACCUUGUCCUGGAUGCCUGCGAGAAGAGAUGUUUCCGCUUUGCAUCACGCCAUUGGCAUCACAUACCGACCGCCUUGCUGCGAAUCUCUUCUCAGCCCCCCAGAUUCUCCAAUAUCUUUCAAGACUGCCUCUUCUUCACCGGGGACGCUUCUCGACAAUAGUCGGGAAAGGACGUUAUCGGUGAUUUACUCACCCCAUGGAGUGCCCUAUGACAUCAUUCAGCCUUACGCUGCCUCCCACCUGGUGACCGAGGCCGCGCUUCCUUUGACUGCCCUCAUACAUUCUUUCGAUCGUGUGGAGAACCCUUGGUAUCUCGGAGGGAACAUCUCGGCUGGCUAUCCAGGAGGAAUGGUCAUUGCCAAGAAUCUCUAUGCCCGCUCGUGGAUCAGCGCUCAUGAUGCACACAAGAGAACCCGAGGCUUGUCGGUCAAAUUAACAAAGAUUGGGAAAUGCGAUGAUGAUCAAAUCAAGACCAUGUUUUCCAGGGGCGAUAUUGCGAAUGUCAAGACUGCAGUGUCUACGAAUCUCGUGGCCCUGGACGCUGGGCAAGAGCACCGCAUCCGGUGA